CAACCUGCUCAAACCACACCCAGUGGUAUCAUCCCUUCAUGUGGAUAUUGUCAUGGCAAACAUGCUCUGAUUGACUGCUCACAAUUCAAAACACAGUCACAUGACAACAAGGUUGAAUUUUUAAGAAGGCAAGGAUAUUGUUUUGGUUGCCUACUAAAAUGUCAUUUAAGCAAAAAUUGUAAAAGAAGAAUAAUGUGUCAUGUUUGCAAAAUGAAACAUCCUACUGUACUUCAUAUUCCAAGUGAAAAAGGCCCAAGACAGGAAAAUCAAGCAAAGUCCACUGCUGAGACAGAAGAAACCCCUAUAAGCAGUACUCUUGUUUCAGCCGGUGAUGCAACCGGGGCCGGGAAAGACUGUGCACCUGCAAUCAUGCCAGUCAGAGUUAAGACGGCAAUCAUGGAGGACGACUGUGUGUGUGCUUACGACUCGACCUGGGACACAGAGAGUGAUGGAGAGGACCAGGCCGCAGAUGGUCAACAUCGUCGAUCUAGUCGAGACAAAAAUAAAUCUGGUUGGACUUCAGAAUCGUGGCAUCACACGCCCAGAAACAUGAGGGCAGCAAAGGACAUGCAGAACUACAGAAGAGGAUACCCUAAUCUUGCAGAUGAAGAGUGCUCAGAGGACAAAAUGAAGAAUUUGCAGUUUUACCUCAAUAAAUUCCCCUCUUCACCUGAUAAUGUCUACAUUGAAUUGUUCCUCAAAGAAUGGAAGAAUGACUACAAAAAGCUGGAGAGUGUUCACUCAUACAUUCAGUGGCUGUUUCCACUCCGAGAACCAGGGGUAAACUACAUGGCUUCUGAACUCACCAAGAAGGAAAUUGAGGCCUUUAAGGGUAAUGAUGAUGCAAAAAAGAGGCUAGUGGAGUCCUAUGAACUCAUGUUGGGCUUCUACGGCGUCCGCCUGGUUAACAAAGAGACGGGUGAAGUGACACGAGCAGACAACUGGAAAGAGCGCUUCAGGAACCUUGAGCAGAACAUGCACAACAACAUGCGCAUCACUCGCAUCUUAAAGAGUCUGGGCGAGCUAGGAUUUGAGCACUAUCAGGCACCGCUCGUUCGCUUCUUCCUCGAGGAGACUCUGGUCAAGAAAAACCUCACCAGUGUUAAACACAGCGUACUUGACUACUUCCUGUUUGCGAUUCUGGAUAAACAACAACGCCAGGAGUUGGUGAGCUACGCCUACCUUCACUUUGAACCAAAGGAUAAAUUUGUGUGGUGUCCCAGGAAGAUUCAGAGGCAGUUUAAGAAGUUCACAAAGAAAGAAAAACAUUGGCAUUCCUCCUCUUCUUCUUCCACAAAAGACCAUUACGAAGAUAAAGAAAAAUCACGGACUCCACCAAGGACAAGACCAUGGACCAUGGAACAAGGAAACAUGUAACAAGACCAUGGACCAUGGAACAAGGAAACACAUAACAAGGCCAUGGACCUAAGACCAUGGAACAAGUAAAGACAUUUCCAGAUGCCAAAGGCUUUGUAAGAAGUGUUUUGGUUAAAACCAAGACCAACACGGUUCAACGACCAA